AUGGCAGUAGUAAAGAAAAAGCGUACAUAUACCACUAAAUCUGCGAGGGUAGCAGCAGCACAACAAAUACAAAAGGCCCAAGAGCAACAAAGACAGAAUUCUCAGAUUAGGCAUCAUUUGGAGGAGUCUAGAUUGAAAUCAGAUUCAAAUGUUAACUCUACGCUUCAUGAUGAGAGUGACUCCAUAUCUUUCAGAUCAUAUCUUUUGAAGAAUUUUAUUAAUUCCACCGUUUAUCUUGAUGCGUUGACUUUAAAGCCUGUACCCCUGUGCAAUUUAAAAACUGUUUCAAUAUAUGGGUCGAAAAAUACAGUAAAAAAGUCAUUGGUUGAAAUGGAAAGGAAAUUGAAUGACGAGUUGCAUCAGUUGAAGGAUUUGAAGAUGGAAUUGGAUUCUACAGAGAUGAAAAUAACAACUAAAGAUCCUAAUGAGCAUAUUUUAUCUAUAUUUGAUUUAUCUACAAUAGAUGAGUUGAACAUCUCCUCAUUGGAUUCUAUUAAUAACCUUUUUCAAAGGUACAAGGAAAAAUUUCAAUUAAAUAGUCAAGAUUAUAGAGUUGUUAAACAUUUGAAUAAAUUUAUUGAUUUAAAAGUCGAUAAAAGUGAAGCACCAACGAAUUAUUGGGAUAUAUAUGAAGAUUUAAAACAAAAACAAAUAGAAAAAAAACAAUUAGCUAAAAAAAUGGAGUUAGAGAGGAAACAAAGAGAGGAAGAAGAAGAGUUGAAGAGAAAAGAAGCAGAAAGAUUAGAGUUUUUAUAUAGUAAGAAACAAGAAAGGGAAAGAUUAGAAAAAGAGGAGCAAGUGAGGAUGGCUAAAGAUUUGGAACAAAAAUUAAUGCAUGAACAAGAUAUAAUACGACAACAGCAACCACAGGAUAUUGUUGCAAAUUCUGUCCCUAUGAUGGCAUCACAGAUGCCAACAACGGUUUUCAAUCAAGAUAUGAGUAAUCAAAUUAAUCCAAGCGACAUUCUUUCUUCAGCUAUUGACACCAACGCAACAAAUGAUCUCCUUACAAUCGAAGACACUUCAGCGAAUGUUAAUGGAAACAGCGUUAAUGCUAAUGUGGCGGAUACGGGAGAAGGUCAAGAACUAUUAGAUGAUAUGUUUGGACAAUAUAAUAAUGAACAAUUCAAUGAUGGAUUUGAAGAUGGAUUUGAAGAUUUAGAUAAUGUAUUCUUCUAA